AUGACGACAGUCGGCGCCCGCCCCGUGCUUCUACUGGAACUGGCAAAGUACGCGCUUCGAUCUGACGUGGAGUACGUCCUCAAGCGCUAUGGGGACGUUUGGCAAAAGGCUGCAGUAGCGCAGAUCUUUCGAGGAUCAAAUCGGCGUAACUCGGAUCGCGCUCGUUGGCUGGUACAGUUCCGGGAUCCUGAAGAGGCUGCACGAGUUGCACAGCGCCUUCUGGACUACCAGCAGCGAGGCCGCGGCUCGCGUUCCAGCAACGGUGGCGGCGCUGCGGGCGAGCAGGGUGCUCAACCGUUCGGUCGUGGUCGACGAGCUCGCUCUGUGUUUUCUGCGGUCUCGCUGGCGCCCGAGUCUUUUCUGGAGAGGGAACUCCACCGACCGGCGCUGUCUCGAGUGUCCGACGUUGGCCGAGCAGUUGUUUGCUCGAACCUCGCAAGAGGGGUAGAAGCUGCUGACGUUUGGCGCUUGUUUGUAAACGCUUACGACGUUGAGGAGGUGCGCCUUCAUGAUAGCGCAGCUGAGGUCGAAGCGGAUGCGGAUACGCACACAGAGGACACUUCAGGGAGCACCGCGGAGCAGACGGAUGCCGCGGCGCAACUGGCCGCUGAAGGAACCGAGGUUGCAGAUGCCGUACCUGUACGCAAAGCUCGGCCUCUAGCGUGUGUUGUUUUCCGCUCGGAGGACGACGCUUGGAGAGCGAUCGUGGAACGCCAGGGUGCGUACGUAAAACGUCGCCCCGUGGAGCUGUCGAUUGUGCAGUAA